AUGAUGGAAAACCGGGUGCGGCAGGAGUGUCAUUUGGAUAUAUGUGGCAACGCGGUGCCAAUCUAUGAUGUGACCGAUGUUCAAAAACAAUGGAGCGCGCUCAUGCUUUUCCCGUUGCUCUUCAAAGAGGGCAACAUGUUGAGAGCCGAUUACAAGAAACGCUUCUUGAAGAUGAGACAUUCCCUGGCUAGCAUUCACGAGCUGGUCUUUCCUACCUUUCCUGUUCCAGACCCUCUUCCAGUCAAAGCCCGUGUGGAUGCGCCAGGAGUUCUAGCAGAAACAACCAUGGACACAUCACUAGUCCUAUGCAGCUUCCUUUGGGGAAUGAACCCGCUUCGCCUUCCUGAGAACCGACAUGCUGCAAGCGACUGCAUUGGAGACGUGGUCAAGUUGUUUGUCUUGAAAAGGUCAUUUCAAAUCUGGAAUUUGGGUGACCAUCAAUGGCGCCACGUUGAAAUCAACGAGCACGGCUGUGUCCCAAGAGGUGAAUUUCUUUGGGGUCAGACCCCCCUGUCUGACGUGUUGAGAUCUGAGUGGGAGGCCGAUUUGGUUUCUGGGGAGUGUGCCUGGAUAUCAUCUCCAUUUUCAUCCCCACGCUUUGCCGACCUAGUUUGCUUCAUGGCGGCCAGGUUGGACAGCGACCUUCCUCAACAUGCAACUUUGCGGAUCAGUGGCACCAACUUGCUGCAGCAAUUGUGGCAAAUCAUGGAAAAGAACACUAUGACUCUUGGGGCUGACCGUCCCUCCAGACUCCCUACCAAGAAGAAGUGCAGCCCUGCUGAAAUCCAUGCGCAGCUGCAGAAAGUUCGGUCAGGGGAGGUUGUCAUGAUAUCCUCAGCUUUGCCACGCACGAAAGCCCAGCCGUCAGCUAUCGCAUUGCGAGAGAUGGUGGCGUACAGCCAGCGCACGUUCGUGGAGUUUCAGAACCAAUCUACAUUCUGGUUCUAUAUGGACGGCAGCGCGGUUGCCAAAAUACCGACAGAGUUAUUUCUGGUGUACAGUCCUUGGCAACAUCUAGCCAGCAUGGCACCACCCUUGGCAGUGAGCAAGCACCUCAUCGACGCCAAGGCAGAGGAGCUGAAGCUAGAUGGUUCGGGCAUGAACGCCAAGCAAGUUCGGCGAACCAUCAAGAACCUGGCUGCAGUACUGGUCAUGCUGAAGGCGGUGAACCAGAGCAACUGGAACGUGCUUCACAAGGACCUGUCCAUGUAUGAGCCGGUUCGCAUGCUCCAACUGGGUGAAGACUUGAAACUUGAACCUCCCCUCUCCCAAGACCGACCACUCCUCAAAGCAGUUGCAGAUGGGGAAACAUCAGGUGUGAAGGCCUUCAAGCUGGCCGCCUGCAAGUUAAGAGUCUGGUGGAAGCAAGAUGACGCACACCCAAGUUGGAACGAUGUACGAAACUCGUACGUUCGUGCAGGCCUUGGCGUUGUUGUAUUAAAGGCAACUGUCCUUGCUAAUGCAGGGCACGGGCCGUACCUAGGUGGAUCAAAUGCAUUGACGCGGGAUAUUGCCUGCGCCAAGUACAUCGAAAAGCACAGACACAACGAGCAGCAUUGGAUGGAACUGGCUGAGGCCAUUGCGCAGGAUCGCGGCAGUGAUCUUCUCACUGAUGAUGUGCCCAGUGAAAAACAAGAGCUGGUUUGGCUUCACUCGUCGAUGCAGAAGCUUAGUGAGAGAUUGGACGGUGUGCUCCGAGAUCUACCACUUUGCAGUCCAUGA